GCACUAAGUCACUGGCAGUGCGCCGUCGCAGAAGUACCAGGCGAGCGGCUCGCACCUUCCUCCCCUGCAUCCGACAGCGCCUACUCUCGAACAGGUACCGUGUGAAGAGGAUACCGUGGGAUGAUUUGCAGAUCGCGCCACUCAAAGUGUGGUGCCCGUCUGUUAAUUAGUGUUCAUCAGCGUCACUCGUAGCGGUCAGAACAGUCAAUAUAAAUCAUCAGUUCUCUUGCUCAGUUUGGAGGAAUAUGUGACAACUGGUUUGAAGUGGCUCAGUAUUGGAGAAGAUAUGUUGCCAAAUGCAGGGAGAGAUACCGACUGGUUUAUUGGUACUAAGUUCUUGUAAAUGCUACUGAAGUUGUAGGCUGAUGUGAUGUGUCACGCGUACUUAGUGGCGAGGCUACUAAACUGCAGCUAGGAAGCGAUCGACAAGUGUUUCGGCGGCCCCGCCGGAGACAGGCAUGCCGGUCGCGUGGUGGCCACUGUGUGACGUCAGCUGGGCGACGGCUGCGCUGUCGGCCCUGGCCCUCGCGCUGCUGGUGGCCAAUGCCCACGUGGCCCGCGGCUACUGGCGCCGGAUGGGCGUGGCGCAGGCCACCUCACGGCUCUUCUUGGGGCACGCCGAGGACCUGCUGCUGGGCACCAGGCACCUCUGCGGCGUCAUGGACGAGGUGUACCGCCAGCUGGAAGGGCAGCCGUACGGGGGCUUCUACAUGGUCGGCAGGCCGUGUCUCAUGCUGCGAGACCCCGACCUCGUCUGGAGAGUGAAGCACGACUCCAGCCACUACUCCCUCAGGGGCGCCCAUAUAAAGGGCAAUGCUAUGGAUCCCAUUUCGAGGAACCUGUUGGAUGCUGAUGACUGCCACUGGCGCGAGAUCAUGGGACAUCUAACGAAGGCCUUCGUACCGGAGAAGACGCGUAAGGUGUCGUUCCUACUGGAAGAGUGCGGCCUACGCAUGCAGAACGCGCUGUCGCAGCGGAUAGAAGACGUCGGCUGGAGAGACUUGGACCUCAUGUGCGUCUGUUCGCGGUUCGCCACCGAUGCUAUAGGUUGCUGCGCCUUCGGCAUCGAAUGCGGUGCCAUCGAUGACCCGCGCUCAAAGUUCCUCCUGUUAUCACACGAGGCUGUGUUUAUCAACCGGUGGCAAAAUUUCGCAGACAUCAUAUCGCUAUGGCAGCCGCACAUUGUCAGAGUUCUGCGCCCAGACAUAUUGUCACGUGAUACGUACGAGUUCUUCAGGGAUGUCGCUUUGGACAUUCUUCGCUACAGGCGAGACAACAAACUGUGCCGAGACGAUAUGAUGAAUGAGCUGCUGAAAGUGAGGCUAAAUGGUCUCAAGUCUGUUCAAAAUAUCAACACAGAGUUCUCGGACGACUCCCUGGUGGCGUACGUGUUCGCCACGUUCGGCUUCGCCCUCGAGAUGCUGGCCAGCGCGCUGAGCUUCUGCCUGUACGAGCUGUCGCUGGACGCCGAGGUGCAGACGCGCGCCCGCCAGCAGGUGGACGCGGUGAUGAGAGCGCGCGGCGGCAGGCUCAGCUACGAGGCCGUCCAGGAGAUGACCUACCUGGACAUGGUGCUCAGCGAGACGCUGCGGCUGUACCCGGUGGUGGCCGGCGCGUACCUGGAGGAGUGCACGCAGACGCACCGCCUCAGCAGCCCUGGAGGCUCCAGCGUCGUGGUGGAGGCCGGCACCCACGUCGUCGCGCCGCUCUUCUCGCUCCAGAGGGACCCUCGACACUUCCCGGAGCCUCUGCGGUUCGUUCCGGAUCGCUGGAGUACGGAGAACAGCGCAGGGCGACACCCGGGCGUCUACAUGCCCUACGGAGCGGGCCAGCGUCGCUGUGUGGCUGAAAUCUUCUCGAAGACGACGAUGAAGUUCGGGCUGGCGUCGCUGCUCGCCCAGUUCGAGCUGAGCCGGUGUUCUCGGACCCCGGAGCGCCCGGCCAGAGCUCACCCGCUGGCGCGGCUGCUGGUUCCAGCCGAGCCGCUGUGUGUCCGAGUGUCGCGCCGCAGCUGGUUCACCUACGACGAGUGAGUGCUGACUCGUCUGCUGACGUUCCAGCAUCUCCGUGCACCACUCCUCUCCGGCACACUCAAGUAGCACACCUGAAACUGACCCGUGGGGUCCCAGGUGCUGACUCACUUUCCGACACCUGCAGUACCUGUGAGCACCACGUUUCACGCCACGCGGAGCACUCCUGUCACUGAACUGUGAGGCCACAACUGCUGACUUGGCUGCUGACGUAUGCAUUACCAGUGUGCGCCACGUCUUUUGUUGCACCUGGCACUCCUGAAACUGUGACGUGUCCACGUGGGCAUGACAUAUAAAUUAUCAGUGUGCGCCAAAACUUUUGUUGCACCUGGCACUCGUGAAACUAUGACGUGUCCACGUGCGCAUACUAUUUCUCCACUGGAGGUUGUCAACUUAAACACUUUUGAGCCAUCAAGUUUCCGCCUUCUUUGGCAACCUGUUUCAGCGUUUUAGUACGCUAUCUUCAGGCCCAUGACCGAAGUGCAGGUAGAAUCUACCUCGAUUGUGAUCAAAACAUAGGCCAGCAAUACUGGUAUUAGUAGGUACCUACUUGCUACAGUGAACACUUCAAGCAUCACAUGCUGACAUCGGUUAUUCGCUGUAGCAAGUAGAUAUCUGCUAAUACCAGUAUUGUUGGCCUCUGUUUUGAUCACAACCCAGGUAGAUUCUUCAUGCACACCGGUCAUGGUCCUAAAGAUAGCGUAAUAAAACGCUGAAACGUGUUUCCAAAUACACUAAGAUUGAAAACUGACGUCUGAAAGGUGUUUAAUUUGACAUCCACUAUCGAACAGCCGAGUCCCACAACCAUCUCUAAAAAGACAGACAUACAGAGGCAUUUCUCAACUGUGUCGUUUAAUCGACCUCACUGUCUACUUCGUUAACAACAAAACAUUUCCAAUGGUAAUAGCAACGCUAAUGCUAUAAAAGGUGUGUGAGAAAAGUAAUGAGACUGAUUUUGUCUACCGAUAUUUUUUUUUUAUAACAAAAAUAUUUUCCCCUUGCCAGCUAUACACCGGUGGAGUCUUGCUCCCAGUCUAGCUAGCAGCGCUGAAAAGUUUCAGCUGAUAGGACCUGUAGCCUGUCGGUGAAAUUAGUCUGAAUAUUCUCCAGAAUACCAAAAUGACGUACUUUUAAGACCGAGUCCUACAACUAUCUCUAAAAAGAUAGACAUACAGAGACAUUUCUCCUCUGUGUCGUUUAAUCGAUCUCACUGUGUACUUAGUUAACAACAAAACAUUUGCAAAGGUAUUAGCAAUGCUAAUGCUAUAAAAUGUGUGUGAGAAAAGUAAUGAGACUGUUAUUUUGUCUACCUAUCUUUUUCGAACAACAAUAUUUUCCUCUUGCCAGCCAGACAACGGUGGAGUCGUUGUUCCCAGUCUAGCUAGAACCGCUGAAAAGUUUCAGCUGAUAGCACCUUUAACAUGUCAGUGAAAUUAGUUUGAAUGUUCUCCAGAAUACCAAAAUGACGUACUUUAAAGACAUUUUUCGAUUUCGGGAAUAGAAAAAUUCACAAGGUCUUAGAUGAGGUGAACAGGGGAGCAAUGGAACAACAGGAAUGCCUUUCUCAGGUCAAAAACUCAUGGAACUGGCCGUGUGACAUGGGGCACCAACCAAUUGCCUGCGACGUCGAGUCUCACUCGAUUAACCCUUUUCCUGAGCCCUUCAAGGACCUCUUUUUUGAAACACUUGGUUGACAGUAUGUCCUGUAGAAAGAAAUUUCUUAUGCACGGCAUUUCCACUGCAAAAAAAGCAAAUCACCGUUGUUUUGAUCUUUUAUUUGCUCAUUCUAUCUUUUUUUCCGUCGAGGAGAUAUCUCAGUGUGCCACUCCUCACUUUGCCACUUCACCUCAAGAUCGUCAAGUCUGAUCACUCUACUGAACCAUUCGUGGUCAUUGGAAGUACUCUGAAGAUCAAUACACACGUUUCUUCGACUGUCUUUCUGCUCAGCUAUGACGUUUUCCAGCACAGUUUUGGCACUAACCAUUCGCAUGAGAAAAACUUCGGUCAAAAUUUGAUGCACGGUGAAAGUGUUUAGCAGGUCACCUAUUAUCCUGAUUGGUAAACGUCGAUCUGAUCUUACAAGAGCACGCCCACGUUCGACGUUUUCAUCAGUUUUUGAAGUCGAAGGUCUCAUUGAGCAACGUAAUCUCGGCCUUCCAUAAUUGAUUUGUGCCUACGAAAAAUUUGUGCUCUUGGUCAGGAAUGUUCCCCAUAAGCCUGUUUCAACUUUUCAAAGGUGACACUGGUGGAUUCACCAAGUAUAACACAAAACCUGGUGGCAUAAUGUUUCUCUAAAUAUCUUUGUUUUAAUUCCAUAACCCACAACAAAAACGUAACUUCACUGACGGCACUGUAAAAAAUUUUGUGAUGGCUGUACUGAGCUGAAACGCGUGCUGAGCGUCUGGAAUGGGAUGAACACACCGGCACAUACAAGGAGAACAACACAGCGUUGCCAGAUCGCUACUAGUGUUGUCUGUCUCAUUACUUUUCUCACGCAUUUUAUGUUGACCAUUUCGGUCUUUCAAUGCUCUUAGCAGUUACCUAGUCUUCACUCAAGUUAACAAUACUAUCCUGCUAAGGCCCUGACUUCAUGACAAUGUUGCAAACUGUUGCACUAAUACCGACUAGGUCUAUAUCAACGUAGCCUCUUCCAAAGAAAUAGAUUAUAAUAGUAGUCUCUUGUUUAACAGGAUUAGCGGGCAUUAGAAGCGUCACUUUACCAGAAAUCUCGUCUCGAAGACAAUCCAUUUCCUUGUUCUGAGCCUCACUCAGUUAAUGAUUCGGCUUCUGUUGAAUAACAUGAGCCGGAUAAGAUGUAACACGAGGAGCGUCUAACACAAACGCUCUUGCAACAAAUAACUUCUCAUCACAUGUCCUAAAUUUCGUAACAUCAUGUUAUUUUCAGUUUUUGUUCGUUCUUCAUAAUACAUUUGUAUUGUUAGUGUAAUAAAAUGAGUUCUGGAUGCUAAUGUAUAUGAAUGGGACUUAAUGAUGUGAAGAUAACCAGUCAACAACUGAUACAUGAAUUAAGAUCACACAAAGAUGUUCAUCUUUCUUUAUUUCUCAAAUGCAAUACAAUAUGUUUGUUUUUAAUAACAAUGAAAUGCUUCUGUCG